UUGGAUGGCGCCAAUCCGCAAACCAAACUCUAGCCCUAAAUUGCGCUCCUUUGAAGGAGAAAAUUCAGCGGAAUUCCUCCCCAUUUUGAUCGGAUCGAGCGAAAUCUCCAUCGGAAUUGCAGCGCAGAGGUGAUCGAAUCGAGGAAUUUCAUCCAAUGCCCUCCAAUUUGAUGUCAAUGUAUCGGUUUUGGAUCGGAAAUUUGGGAGAAUUUUGCUAGGUUUUGGAGAGGAAUCAAUCGGAGAAGAUGAGCGGAAGAGAGCCGGUGAAGCUGGAUGACGAGCAGCUCGCUGAGCUGCGAGAGAUUUUCAGAUCUUUCGAUCGGAACAAUGAUGGAAGUCUGACGCAGCUGGAGCUCGGAUCUCUUCUCCGAUCUCUUGGGUUGAAGCCCAGCCCUGAUCAGCUGGAGGCGUUGAUCCAGAAGGCGGACACCAACUCCAAUGGCCUCGUGGAGUUCUCCGAGUUCGUAGCCCUCGUCGCCCCUGAUCUCCUCCCGGCCAAGUCUCCCUACACCGAGGACCAGCUCCGCCAGCUUUUCCGUAUGUUUGAUCGCGAUGGCAAUGGAUUCAUCACCGCCGCAGAGCUCGCUCAUUCCAUGGCUCGCCUCGGCCACGCCCUCACCGCCAAGGAGCUCACCGGCAUGAUCAAGGAGGCUGACACUGACGGUGAUGGUCGGAUUAACUUCCAGGAGUUCUCUCAGGCCAUCACCUCCGCCGCCUUCGACAACUCCUGGGCUUGAUUGUGCCCCUUCUCCAUCUCUUGGUAGUUUUCUUUCCUCCCUAUUUGCUUCCAUUAGCUUCCCACAUUUUUUUUUAUUUUCAAUUUUCAAUUUUUUUUUUUGGCUUUUAGUUAAUUUAUGCAAAUGCUGUGAUUUUGCUUCAUGUUAAUCUCAAUUGCACAGGGUUUGAGAAACAAUUGCUGUCAUGCUUUUCCAUUUUUCCUUUCUUUCUUUUUUUUUUUUCAAUUGAAGUUUAGAAUAAAGAGGUUGUGAAUGAAUAGAAAGGAGAGCAUUUGAGGGAGUACCUGGGUUAUCACAUUGCUCUCAAUGACAAUGAA